UUACACAUCUUCAAAUAAUCCCCAUCAAUCAAUUUGAGUAGAACAUUACGUCACAAGGAUCUUCCAGACGACUAUGAACACUUCGGGCAGUUCCGCUGGUCGAGUGACUUUUGACUCGCUCAUCUCCUAUGACACUGCCAAGUAUAUCUGUCUAGUGUACUAUGUUUAUCUCGGACCGCUGGUGGCAGCUUUUGGUAUAGCUUUCAACAUCAUCAACAUUAUCGUCUAUGUCAGCCAAGGCUUCCGGGACUCUGUCAAUAUCAGCUUCAUCACAUUGGCAUGUUCUGACAUUGGUGGUCUCCUUUCUGCGUUGUGGUAUGGCAUUGGUUUGAAUCCUGACUUUGUGAGACUUGUAAAUUACGCUUACUCUCCUUCAGAGUUUAUGAACUUCACAGCAGCAUGGCCUAGGGCCUAUUUCUCCAAGAUAACGUGCUGGAUCACAGUGUUCAUCACUCUAGAAAGAUGUAUGUGCAUUGUUGCACCGCUGAAAGUGAAGACUCUAUUGACUCCAAAGAGAACUGCCGUAUGCAUGCUGGUUCUGUACUGCCUGGGUGUAAUCAUCACCUUCCCCCAUGCCUAUCUGAAUGCAGUGUUUCUUGUCUGGAAGUUCGAUCUCGUCUCGAACAGAACUUUUCUCGGGUUCGGCUACGGCCCAAAUUACCAUAAAAUUGAUCUCAUCGGCGGCUUCAUCAACACAAUGAGCAUCAUCAUACCAUUGGGAGUCAUCAUCCUCAGCACUGGUCUCAUCAUUGUGGAGCUUCAAAGAAAAUCGCUUUGGCGUCAGUCGGUGGCAAACUCUGGAGGUGCCAUGGAUGCGGCAUUUGUGAAAAGAGACCGGGUUGUGUUUAAAGUGAUCAGCGUCUUGGCGUUUCUCCUCAUCAUAUGUUAUCUCCCUCACGCCUGCAACUUUACGGCAUACGCCAUCGUCCCAGAUUUCAGUCUGACUGGUAAAUACGUACUUCUGUACGGGGUCAUGUGGUCAGUGUCUUGGAUCUCAGAAAUCAUUAACUCAAGCUGUACUAUAUUUAUCUAUUAUUUUGUCAGCUCUAAAUACAAAGCUACGCUGAACUCAUUGAGAGUAGUCACUUGUUUGAAAACACUCAUACUUCUCUUCAGCGCCAAAAAGAAUGUUUGGACUCAGUUGUAG